AUGCCUAUAUCCGCUGCCGAUAUUUUCGUGACUACUUCCAACCUCCCUGCAACCCAACCUCAGCCGUACUCCAAUACAGAACUUCUCCUUCAGGCGGCAUUGGAUGGAGAUACUGAAACAGUGCGGAGGUUGUUUACUGCUGGAGCCGAGCUUGCGUCGUACAGACACCAAGUUAAAUCCGUGGAUGAAGAACCGAAUGAAUCUCAUAUCAUUCACGCUCAUACAGACUACGAAAGAGACGCGCUCCAGGGCACGACUGCGCUCCACUUGGCAGCAUACGGUGGACAUAUUGAAGUGGUGAAGUUUCUCAUCCAUGCUGGAGCGGAUGUAAAUGCAUUCGAUUUCCCCGGGUUAACAGCCUUACACUGGGCUGCCUAUAAAGGGCUCAAAAUCAUAGUAGCUCUGCUUCUUGAGAAUGGAGCCAAUCCGUCAAGCCUCCCCUACCAUUUGACGGACACACUUCGUGAUCUAACAGCGAAAGGAUCUAUGGGCCUGACGGCGAUGCUGGAUCGCAUUAAUGACGAUAGUUCUCUACUUUUCGGUAGAGUGCCGCCGUUGCAUUGUGCAGUGGCUGGAGGCCAUGACGAUAUAGUACGGCUGCUUUUGGACCGGGGAGCUGAUCUUCAUAUGGAAGGCCUUGGAUCACCGUAUACUGCGCUAGAAACAGCAGCUGAUCGAGGGAAUGCGGAGCUAAUUGAAUUGCUUAUGAAUGCGGGCGCUCAUGCUAGUCAACGGGCCUUGAAUCUGGCAGUCUUGUCUGCGCAUAUCGAAGCUGCAAAAAUUCUCCUGGAUGCCGGGGUGAAUGCUUCUCUACCUGACACAUUAGGAUUGCUGCCACUGAACAGAGCGGCUUCCCUGGGUCAUGAGACAAUGAUACGUCUCCUCCUCGAAGCCGGAGCAGAUGUUCACUCGGUGGAUGCUACUGGAGAAUCAGCACUGCAUCUCGCAGCUUCCGGAGGCCAUGACUCUGUCGUGCAGCUUCUUAUCAAUACUGGGGCCAGUACAACGGCAACGGACGAAAGGGGGAUGACACCAUUGCAUCACGCAUCUCAAGGAGGGAAUCUGAAAGCGGUCCAGCUCAUACUUGAUCAUAAUACAUCGGCAUCUCGUCGAGAUUUAAAUGAGCUUACAGCAUUGCACAGCGCCGCAAAUUGCGGCAACGCGGAGGUAUUUAGCGUACUUCUUCAUGCCUUUGAGAACGACGACGCACUGUCUACGCCUGCACCAAUGCCGAUAUUCCACUUAUCUUUUGGAAAAGUAAUCGAAAGAAAACAAAUUGUUCAUAAAGGUCCAGUUCUUCAUCACGCUGCAUAUGGUGGAAGUCAACACAUCCUUUCGAUACUUCUGGCACAAGAGGUAGAUAUAACAGCAACGGACGAUCAUGGAAUGACUGCCCUUCACUGGGCUGUCCAAAGUGGUGGGACAGCCGCAGCUGUAACAACAAUACAGCAACUACUUGACGCUGGAGGCGACGUGUUUGCGCGUGACAAAUGUGGAAGAACUGCACUUAACUGGGCAUCUUUUCCACCCCGGUUCGAUGAACUCCUUCGCCAGGCAGAAGGUGCUGCUAUCGCUCCCGAAAUUGCACCAGGCCACAUGAAGAACCUGACACCACUCCAUAUAGCCGCCAGAGAUGGACAAUCAAUCGAGAUAGGUGAUCUUAUUUCCGAGGGAAUCGAUCCUUCUCUUCCUGAUGGCACUGGAAUGACCGCACUUCAUUGGGCAGCGCGACGAGGACAUGUAACUGUGCUACAGCAACUCCUCACAGCGGGUGCUGAUAUAUUUGCACUGGACAAGUGUGGCAGGUCAGCAAUUCAAUGGGCAUUCGAGGAAAGGGAGUAUGGAGCGGUGGCAUUGCUGGCAAAAGAGCUACUGGAUUCUUGUCAGCAACCAGACGUUUCUUGCUCAAUAGAGCCUUCCGAUCCUAGUCCGACGGCACCCGCCCAGUCCGAUACAACUCCGACGCCCUUCCGGGAAGAGCUGAACAACUAUCUCUGCAAGCCCGCAAACCUUCAGGAGAAUAUGAAAUUGAAAGGCAUCUGA